UGUUGCUCAAUGCGUUUGGUUUUCUUUCGAUCUCCUGGCUCACAGAGUUCUUUCGUACACGUUAUGAGCAUCGUAUCGGGAUAAUUAUUUUCGGGCAUUUAGACCGGUUGAUAGCGUGGACGGGCGAAAAAUGGCGAUUCCCUGGGACAGUGAUAAUCAGCCGGAGAAUCUUGGCUAGACCGGAAGUGCAUCCGGUCGAUCGUACUGAAUAUUGGGGCGCUCCUAUCAAGCAUGAACGACGAAGAGGAAAGUGCAUCGGAAUGCUUGAAUAAUGCUCCCGGAAACAUUGUCCCUUUGCUGGAUGCAUAAAAGCAUCGAAACUGCGGAUUACAGUCCGAAAAUCGUUGGAUAUACGCUCACCGGUAUCUGGAAAUCAUCGAAUAAGCCCUCUUCUUUGAGCUCCAAUUUCGUUUCCGUUCAAUCAUCGCGACUGUCGGCUUGAAGGACAAAAAUAAAAAAUAUAUCUUUUGUCCAGCAGCCCGACGGCGGUCGAACCGGGUUUGAUCGGGGUCCGAAAUUUUUGUGAACAAAUUCGCCGAGCGACGAUCUUCGCGCGGCUUUUCGAACGUUUAUUUUUCGAUUUAUCGCUCACCUCUAACCACUUCAUUUCCUGUGCUACGCUGUGUGUGCAUAAGUUUUCUUUCCUGCUGGACGCAUUUAUUUCUGCUGUAUUCGGUGCUAGAGAUGGACCAAUAAAACAUCCGAACGAGCUUAAAUUUGGAGAGAUUGAGUCUCAAAACAGAGGAAAAGAACACGAGAAUGCGGAAAAAAUCGAUGCUGCGAGUUGCAGCGAAUUUUCCACUAUCACAUAUCGCCGCCGUAUCUGGAGUGACAACCAGUGACGAAAACAGAUAUAAAAUAGAAAUCUAAGACUUGAAAGUAUAUUAAAAAUGAGCUGAAAAUAAAAUUUUUCAUUGCUCUGACGUCCGUGAACAGUGUUGCGGGUAUUUGAUGUCGCCGAGCGUUGAAGAACCCGGUUAAAAGUGUCAAUCUCUUUUUUAUUUUUAUCUUCAAUCGAAUUCUUGUGUGGAGAGUGAUUUUGUUUCGGUCGUAAGUGUAUUUGAAGAGGAAGGACGUGAGCGGCCCAAAUCUGGUCCGCCUUCUUGGCGGCAUGGUCCUUUGGGCCACAAUACUAUUCCUCCAAGGAGCUGGCUUCGUUGGUUCUAUGACAGGAAUCCCAGGAGUACCUGAGAACAUAACGGUGAUGUUUCUGAACCCAACAUCUGUGCGAGUAUCUUGGAGCACGAGCCAGGUCGAGCAAAUCGAGAAGUACGACGUGACCUACAAGCCAACCGAUGCAAGGAACGAUACCGAUGACAGUUACAGGGUGGUGGCGGUGGUCGCUGGGAACAGCGAGGCUGUUACCCUCAGUGGCUUACAAGCGGAUACUCAAUAUCAGCUGGUGGUUACCGCCGUGAGGUCUGGAAAGAAGCUCAGGAGUCGUCCAAUCGUCUUCCGAACCCUCGAACCACCACGAACUUCACCACAGCAGGAUGCAUCGGUAACCGGCAGCCCGCUAGCUCCGCCGCCACCCCCGUCCGCUCAACAACCACCGAAUUAUAUUCAGAUUCGUGGUGUCGAAGUCGGGAUAGUCGUUCUCGUGCUAAUAGUAUGGGCAGGUGCGAUAGCAUUAUUCUUCAAUCGUUGGGGAAAGAUUCGAAUGCUUCUGCCCUACCAGCCUGACUACAAAGAGCAAUUAAAAGUCCCGGGGACUGGCGCAUGUGCAGCAGCGAAUGCGACUUGUCCUCAGCACAAUACGCAGCACGCCUGUUCCCAGCAUCUGCACUGGUCGAAUCACCAUGUGGAUUCCAUGGACAGUGGAGGGGGAGCUGGUCUUGGGUGGCCAAAGACUCCGAGACCACGAGUAAACAGCGCUGUAGACGUCGCUGGCUUCUUGUCCCAGGAAUUUCUUCGAAGACACGGUUCAACAUCGAAACUGUGUCGCAAGGUUCGCAGUGCAGACAAUUUGCCGCUGGCCAGUGGGAAUCGUCACCAUCAUCACCAUCACCAUCAUCUUCACAAUAAUCUUAACGAGGGUAGCGAGAUUAGUCAACACAAUCGUCAUGAUGAGGGCAACGAAACAGAACGCGAUACAUUUUUGUUGGCGAGCCAAGAAGAGGGAGAUAAAAAUGUCGAGGACGCGGAAUCGAAGCGACAGAGCAGUCUCGACAGCUCUACGAAGGACAAUGUCGAGACUUCGAUCAUAGAACAUUGCUAUCAACAAUUGCCCCAACAACCACAAUCUUCAGCGAGGGAUUCCCCGUCGCUUCCUGCUAUUUCGACAACCCCGGCUUCACUGAUAACGAGGCGCGUCGGUGGAUGGCGGGUUGGCGGUAGUCACGAGUACGUCAAAUGUCCUGUCAGACAACCAGCUUCCAUAGACGAGAGAAUGUACAGAAGAUCGUGCGAGCCCGAUUUCGGUCGAAUGCCUCAUCACCAGCUUUCGACGACGGUGAAUCCGGGGGUGCAAUCGAUCGUAACUUACCACCAUCAUCGGACUCACCAUUUCGAGAGCAACGAGAGGCAUUCGAAGAGUUUCGACUUCGCGAAGCGCAAUAUCGAUUCGACGAGUGUCGAUAACACGCAACAUUUUGGUCUACCGAUUUUAAGUGUAAGCGAGCCGAGUCCACCGGACGAGCGAGAACGCCUCGACGAAUAUUUGUAGGAUUUGCUCGCCGAGGAGUUCCUCAAGGAGCUUCUCGUGUGAAAAAUCAUCGAUCGAUCAUAUUUCUGUUCGUAAGCGGAGAGAGCAAAUCGUAUUUACGAUCGAAUGUCGUCGAACUCACGGGCAUUCGCUUUUUCAGUCCCAAUCGACGGAAAAACUCGAAUUUGGGAUUCGAAUCUUCGAAGCGUCGCGUCACGUUCGCGUGCCAAAAGAUACAGAUAAAUGAAUUCCGUGCCGGAAAGUGGAAAGUUUGCCAUGAAUAUUUUGUCCGUACUCGUACAAACUUCGUUUUUCUCAUGUAUUUUUCAUCAUUUUUUUAUCGACUUUGUCUUAAUCGAUUUUUUACCAAGUGUCUACAUUUUUACUGGAUCUCUCAGUAGUGGAAUAUUUUUUAACCCCUUCAAUUCAACUCCUAUCAAUCGAUACCUCCUCCCCCUUCAUUUGCAUUUUUUCUCUCUUUUUUUUUCCAGCUCGAGUUAAUUAUGUUCUCCACAGUAAGCUAAGUCGCACCUCCUUUCCAUAACUGAACGAAACAUAGGAGCAAAGAGAAUUCUGAAUUUGUGCAAAAUGCUAUACGAGUGAGAGAGACGUAAGAAAGAGAGGAGGAGAAGGAGGAGAGAAGAGCGAAGCACACGGUAAAGCAAAAUCAAUAAGGCAACCUUAACUCUAACAUUCUUCGUUAAAAAUUAAGCCAGAACGAAAUGAGAGGAUAGGGAAGAAGAGCAAGAUUCUCGAGGUCGAUGAGAAUUUUAUAUUCUCCUCUCGAGCCGAACGUCGAGGAGAAAAAUUCAAAAUUGGAUCGAUUUUUUCCGAAAACGCUUUUGUAGAAAACCAGACAAAUCUUUACUCCAUUGCUCGUUUGGCUGCGAAUUGCCUAUUUUUUUUUUUUUUCUUUUUCAUGCAACAACAUUUUUUCUUCAUACACAUUUUGUAAAUAUUCGAAAAUAUUCGUCGCGAUCGUUGCUAUGAUUUGGGAUCGAAAGAGUAGUCGAGAAUUUCACGAAAAAACGAGCCCUUUUUCGUUCAUCUAUCAUUAUUUAUUUCACUUUACGAUGUACAUUGAGCAAAAUUAUGCAAUUGAGAUAUAUAAUAAAUAUAACGCGAACGAUGCGAGUUAAAAAGGCAGUAAACGCACCGAAACAAAAAAAAACGUCAAAACGAAGCAGUGUGCUAUCGACGAAUAAACGAAAACGUGGAUCCGUUCGAAUCUCGAGAAUAUAAAUAAAUAUAUCAAUAGCCGUAAGAAAGAAACAAUAACUAAAAACGCGUGCAAAAUGAGACGAUUUUGCAACACGUUUAGCUUUAAACGAUGAGACCAAAAAUUAUUAAGGAACAGAGGAGAGCUAUUCUCUCACAACAGCAGGAGGAUUAUUAUAAUUAAAUGAAUAUAUAAAUAAUAAACAGAGAAAAACAAGAUUAUAAGAAGUAUCGAAUCAAAAUAUAUUUCCGAAUGUUUACCUCGUAUCAUUGCUAUUUCGAAAGCUAUUAGUGUGUUUUACGAUAAAUUGAUGUGUUGACCAAAAAUCAAAAGACAUUUUUCAAUUCGUCGUUAGACUGAACAUGAUCAUUUACUCGUCACAAUUAAUAUUCAACAAAGUUAUUCGCUGUAUACUCGGGUGUGUAAAUAAUAAUGCAUAUCUGAAGACAUAUAUAAAUAUACAUCAUAUAUGUACAAACAUAUUUAUUUUGUAGAUAAAACACUUAAUAGCACUCUAAGACAUCUGGAUCAAAUGAAACUAUUUAGUUUGAUAAUCGAGGUUUGUCCGAUCAAUUGCUGUACAAUAAAAUUCAUUUUUAUCGAUUCCUAAUUAACGCUUAACACUAUGAGAUAAUCGAGGACUAAUUACCGUGCGUAAUCAAUUGAAGACAGUGAUCGCUGAACCAAUUUCAUUCGUUAAUCAUCGUUUCAUUGUGCAUUUUCGAAAGGUAGCUCCGAAACAGUAAAUUGUAUUGAAUACGUGAAAAUUUUUGUAGAAUCAGGACUCAAGUAGACUUCUGAUAUAAAAAUGAACUCUGCCGCUAUCGAUUGAAAAAGAGCGAAUGAGUUAGGACCAAAAACGGAAAUGAUAUUGACUAAACGGGAGGAAAAACGAGUGUGUUUAUCCACUUUUUAUUCUGACUCGAGUCCCAGACACAAGUCUGUCUGUCGAUAUUUUUUUUUUAGAAAUAUCAUCAAAGUGAAAAAUGACAACGAGUUAAUAUUCCGAAACGACGAUUGCCCUUUGCUCUUUUAGAAAGUCAUUGAAGUGCAGAAGAAACGAGAAAAAAAAACGUCACUUUGAGGUGUUUUAAUAUCAACCAUGCAGCUCGUGUUCGUCGAAUAUUUCCUGGCGAAUCGACAAUGCCUAAUCUCAUUUUAUCACGAACAGAACACACGAGCAAAAUUUUUUUUAUCAGUAACUGCAAAAAUUUGCUUUGAGAGCUCCACAAAAAAAUUGGCAGCUUUUCCUACCCUUGGAGAAUAAAAUAGUUACGUUUUAGGCUUUUUAAAAAUCCACACACUUUUGACGAGAAGCUUAACACUUGAAAUGACGAUACAAUCGAACAUACUCGUAGGAAACGAAUCAUCCUAUAGCUCCAGUUAACGCAUGGGACCAAACGAGGCACACCUUACUUCGUUUACACCUGAAAAAGUUGGUGUCGAUAAAACAAAAGGAAAACAAAGCAUCGUUGUUGGGCUUUUUUCGUUCGUUCGUUGAGGAUAAAAAAAUCGGUACGCAUGUAAUGCUUUCGCAUGGGCACAAUAUUCGGAAUGACCUUGCUCGACACACACGCUAUUUAUUCUCGCAUUGUGUACAUACUAUACGUGUGUGUAUGUAUAUGUUGAGUGCCCUGUUAAACGAUCAAUUAUUCAAGUUCCGACACGACAUGGAACGCGAUCUUCUCCCUCUGUCCCGAUACGUUCGGUUCUUCUUUCGCUUCGAUUCUACCCGAAUUCAAUUCGUCUUAUGAGAAUUAAUAGCAAAAAAAAUUGCGAAACUCACGAAUUUCCGUCGCAUUCAGAAAACGAAAUUCGUCAAUUACGGAUUUUUUACGGUUCAACAAUAAUGAAUGUAACGUAGGUGAAUAACGAAAGAAAAAUUAGUCAAUUACAAAGAAAAUCCGAUCGAAAACGAGAGUUAUUCUAAAGCUGCGAAAAUUGAAAAAGUGUCUCGAAACUAUUCCCAUGUGUAGAGAAUGGAAAAACGAUGGAGAAUUUUGAUUAGAUAUAAAAAAAAAUAAAAAAUAAAAAAAAAAAACACGCGACACCAACGAAAAACAUGAAUAAAGUAAACAAAGAGGGGAAAAUAUAUUUUGAAGGACGAAUAAGUAACAUGAAAAUUUUCAUUAUUCCUGAAAUAUCUACCGAAUCAUCCCGUAGAAGAAAGUACUAUUUUUUGUACUCGUAAUAAUCUGUGUGUACAGAAAAACAAGUAUGCUAAUUGUACUUCGUCAUAUCUGCGAGAAGCAAAUGAAUAACAAAAUAAUAAAAAGAUGGAGGAAACGUAAUUUUGCUGAAUAUCGGUGAACAUCGUUUCAGUGGAGUGUUUCAAUUAUAACAUUAUAAAAUUCUUUUUGUAUACAUAUUACCUAUAUAUAAUAACGCGUGAUAACAUAUAAUCUUCGAUGAAUCGUCCAAUAUGCUUGUCCCUAGAAACUAGUAAGAAUUAUCAUUUCUAUUCGAUGUCACGUUUAUCAUUCGAGAACUCAACUUAGGUUCCUUUCAUUUUUAUCUUUCCUAAUUUCGUACUCAUAAUUAUGCUAAUUACUUCCUCGUGAGGAAAGAAAAAACGAAAAAGUAUUGUAUAAAAAGACCAAAUCGACUGUCAGUUUAUGAUGAAAAUACACGUUUUAGAUGUCUUAGAAA